UUGUAGUGAAUUUUUCGUAUUCGUCCACACUUUUAAUUAUUCGAGAAAAUGUCAACCUAUUAUUUUGUUAUUGUGGGACAUAAUGAUAAUCCCAUUUACGAGAAGGAGUUCAGCACAGUUAACAAAGAACUUAGGAAAGAAGACCACAGGCACCUAAGCCAGUUUAUUGCUCAUGCCGCCUUAGAUUUGGUAGACGAGCACAAAUGGAAAACGGCCAACAUGCAACUGAAAUCGAUUGAUAGAUUUAAUCAGUGGUUCGUGUCCGCAUUCAUCACAGCCAGCCAAAUAAGAUUUAUCAUCGUCCAUGACAAUAAAAACGAUGAGGGCAUAAAGAACUUCUUCAACGAGAUGUAUGACACGUAUAUUAAACACUCCAUGAACGCUUUCUAUCGGAUUAACACACCCAUAAAAUCUCAAAUGUUCGAGAAAAAGUCUGAGAUUUUUGGCCGAAAGUAUUUGUUAUCCUAAAUUUGUUGAACAAAUAGCUAAUAAGUAAUGUUGUAAUAUAAACUGGAUUUAGUUAAAUUUAAAAA